UCACUCAUGAAACAUAAAGGUCUCUCCAUUAUCACAUCUAGAGACUAAAAUCAAAAAUAAUUUCAUAUUUGCCGCCGUUUGAUUACCGCACCAGAUGGCAGUAGUUGAGUCUUUACGUCCGCAUGCGCAGUUGGCAGCCACAAAUGUUAUUGUUACAGCUACCAUAAUCAGGUUUAAAAAUUGUGCUCAAUAGAUUCUACGUAAUCCUUUCAAAUUUAAAUCUUCUGUUGUGUUCAUUGAUUGAUAAAAUGGAUUUUCAAUGAAUUUUUGGGGAAUUAUCUCAGUUAGUGGACAAAUCAAUCGAUGAACGCGCCAUAACCUGACACUCCUGGUGUCACCGGUGAACUGUCAUUAUAUCUGCCACGAUUAAAAAGCUCCUAAAGCAUGAAAAUGGAUCAAGAAUUAUCCAAGUGCAUUAAUGAGAUCAUCAAAUCAUAUUAUCGAUGAAAUCUCAUGAACCCGAUAACCUCUAGGAGCGAUGGAGCUCCUCUCCCAGGUCCCUCUUCUGUCUUCCGAUGAAGAGACCAAGGGCUUUGAUUGCGAGGCUGGCAAUCGUUGGAUCUACCCCGAAAAUCUUCCAGUUAGAAAAUACCAAUUUUCCAUUGUCAAGACUGCAUUAUUCAAUAAUACUUUAGUAUGUCUUCCAACUGGUCUUGGAAAAACCUUCAUAGCAGCUGUAGUGAUGUACAACUACUUCCGCUGGUAUCCAAAAGGCAUAAUUGUCUUUCUCGCACCCACAAAGCCCCUGGUUGCCCAACAGAUCGACGCUUGUCACGAUAUAAUGGGAAUCCCGAUUAGUGACACAAUCGAGCUCACUGGUGCAACAAAUCAAACGAAACGUGCUGCAGCUUGGCGCGAUCAUCGCGUUAUCUUUGCUACCCCUCAGACCUUUCAGAAAGACCUGGAACGCUCCAUUGUCCCUGUCAAUCUCGUAAAGUGCAUCGUCAUCGACGAGGCUCACAAAGCCCUCGGAAAGUAUGCCUACUGCGAAUCAAUUCGCAUAAUGCACCAGGCUAAUCCGUACUUCAGAAUUCUCGCACUCUCAGCGACUCCUGGAAGUAAAUUGGAGGCAGUCCAAGACGUUAUCAGGAAUCUUCACAUCACUCGCCUGGAAUUACGAGAUGAUACAUCUCCAGACAUCACUCCCUACAUUAAUGAACGUAAAGUUGACAUAAUACUUGUUGACUUGGGUCAAAAUCUAUCCGAAUUCAAAGAACGAUACAUCAAGAUAAUGGAUCGACAUGUCAGAAUUCUCUUCCAGUAUAAUGUUCUCAAAACAUCUGCCGCGCAAAUAUCUAAGGGCCGAAUUUUCUAUCUUUUAAACGAAUACAAAUCUCGUACAAAUAAAUCUACCAAUCAUGGAUCCAUCAUGAAGACCUUGACCAUUCUUCUCACCAUGUACCAUGCUUACGAGUUAAUUGUCCGUCAUGGAUUGAGAGCGUUCGUUCAUUUUUAUCAAAAUCAUUCUGAUAAAUUUUGGUUGGAUAAUGAACCAGAACUUAGAGAAUUAUUGGAGAAUAUCAAACAGUAUCUUGGGCCAUUCCCAGAAGCCGGACCGUACAUGAACGGAAGUAUCACCGGAAUACCGAAAAAUCUUAUUUUUGGUCAUGGAAAGUUUGAAACGCUACGAAGUAUAUUGAUCCAGCACUUCAAACGCGCUGAGGAUAAGGAAAACAAUACGAGGGCAAUAGUUUUCACUGAAUAUCGAGAUAUCGUCAACGAACUUUACAUUUUACUUCUUCAAUGUCAACCUCUCAUUCGCCCCCAGGUGUUCGUAGGACAAGCUGGACUUAAACAAAAGCAACAAACAAAAGCUCUCGAGAAUUUCCGGAAUAAUCAAGUCAACGUUCUAAUAUCAACGUCAGUUGGAGAAGAGGGAUUAGAUGUUGGUGAAGUGGAUCUCAUCGUUUGCUUUGACAUUUCUCAGCACUCACCAACGAGACUCGUUCAACGAAUGGGUAGAACAGGACGUAAACGUAAUGGCCACAUAAUUGUUCUGGUUACGGAUGGAAAAGAGCACCAAACUCUGCAAGCGGCUCUAUCAAAACGAGAUUCACUGAAUAAUAAAGUUCUUCAUUCUAGUGGAGUUAUAUCAGCUCUGCACAACUCCAGUCCUCGAAUGAUACCACAGGAUAUACACCCUGAAGUUCACAAAAUCCACAUGACAAUUCUGCCGAAAGACUCACGAGAGAAAAAAGGUAAGAAGACGAAAAUUCAAGGGGAGGCUGAGAAGAAAACAAAAAAAGGACCUAAACCUAAAAAAUCCAAAAAUCCUAGUAGUGCGGGAAAAGGUAGUGGACAGGAUGGAUUACUGAGGUUUUUGACAACAGUAUCCAACGAUGAGAUCGAUAAAGAUAUUGUAGCCCCAACAAUGCAGGAAGCGGGGGUUAUCGAGAUUGACAGCCAACCUCUCAGGGCUAAUUCUUUAAUCCUUGAGGCCGUUAAGCCAUCCGAUGUGCAGCUCCUGACUAACGAUAAUGAGACUAUUGAAUUUCUCACUCUCUGUGCCACCAGACAAUCCGAAAAGUGUAAUAAUACCAAUAAUAAUAAUGAGGAUAAAGAAAAUAGAAAUUUCGUGAUCGCGUAUGCUCCUGAAGCACCUAAUUGUGCAGAUGAUUUUUUAAAUAAUUUGAUUGUUCCUGAUGAAGCAGUUUGCGACUGUCUAGAGAAUGUUCAAAUGUUUGUCGAAGCUGUGCAGCAUGAGCCAACACAAAUCACUCCUGGGAUAAUUUUUUCAGGGGGUGCAGGAAAUUACCACAGCCCCGAGGGCUUCAUGGACUGUGGCAAUAAUUUCGAGGACCUGUUAAACACUAGUGACUCUAAUAUGGAAGUGGAUGGUGAUGAACGAGAAUCACCACCUUUGGAAAGUGUUGACUGGAGUCAUAAUAAAAGAGAAUGCACUAGUCAAAUAGUUCGUAGGAAUUUGGAUGCUGAUAUUGUCAUUAAAAGUGAUUUUGAAAGAGUUUUGGAUGAUUCUUCGGACGAGGAAAUUCCACGAAGUCCAGAGAUUGGCAUUGCAAAAACAAAGUUACCCAAUGAAAGUGUAAAAACUCACGAAAGAAUUCCACCUCCUGAAUGUUACUCAGAGAGUGCAUUUGAGAGUAUUCUCGAUGAAGCCUGGGACGAUGAUCUCGAUGCAACUCAGUUCGAUUUCAACUCCAGAACGACUGAUAUUAAGAAGCCUGAGGUAACAACUGAUAGAAAUAAAAAUAAUCCCCGUGAGGAGGAAGUGAAUAAAACGAUUGAGAAUAUUGAAACGAUACAGAUAGAUAUUGAUGAUCCAGCGACGGAAAGCAUGUGCCACAGUCCAGUGUUGGUGGAAACUGAGGACAUUGAUAUUCCAUUUUCCUAUCUUUCUGAGAAUAGAGAAUCAGAGGCGGACAAUGCAAAUUCGCUGAACGAUAACGUCGACGUUAUUGAUAUCAUUGAGGAAACUCAAUUCAGUCCUGCAGUAGACUUAAACCAUGAUCGUACAUUUAAGGCCCAAAAUCGUGCAUUACCAAUACGAGAGAAAAAACCGAGUGAAAUCAGACAAUGGAAACUCGACGAUUGUUUUGAAAUAUCGAGUCAGAGAAAUUCUCAGGAAAAAAGAAAUUCAUUUGCGAUGCCAACUGUAAAUUCAAAAAAAAUGGUCGAUAAAAUUAGUAAAUUCAGUACAGGAAAUAAAAUACAAAUGAAUUCUCAUGCCACAACGAACGCAGUUCUUCUUGAGCGAGGAGAUAAGUCUUCUAAUAAUGUCAAUGAAAUGAACUUAAUAAAUUUAGAGGAUGACUUUGAUUCUUGGGAGGACAUGGAAAAAAUAGAGACAAUGCCACAAGCGUCUAUGCUAUCCGAAAGCUUCACCCCUCAGACCAACACAAGUCGUGCCAAUGUAACCGAUCCAAAAUCCGCAUUUAUCCCUUCCCCCCUUAAGUUAUCCGAUCAAAGGGUGAAAAAAUUUGUUAACCAACGUCAGAGGCCAUCCAGUCAUAACACAUCUCUGAAGAAUUUCUUUGAAGCUGAUGAUAAUCGAGUAAAAGUUGUGCAUAGCAUUCCAAGAAUAGAAACUGGGCCACCCAGGACGAGGGUCAUUCAUAAUGAAUCGCCAAACCAUUGUAAAACUCCUGCGAAACCCAGUGAAUUGAAUAAAGCACAGAAACUUUUUACCUCGAAAUGCAUCACUGCGCCUUCAGUGGUAUCAAGCGAUAAGAAAAGUAAUAAAAUAUUGGGCGAUGAUUUGGAGGAUUUUGAUUGGGACAGUGACUUCGAGGUGCUACCGGAGGUCAUAAAUUCCGAGUCGAGAUUCUUCAAAGGAAGCAGCAAGACGCCGACUAGAAUCAGUGAGUCCGCGGGCUCCUCGGGUGAAUUCUCAUCGUCUAAAUAUUUUAACAAAAGACGUGAUAACCCCCACGAUAGGUUUCAAAGCCCAGACAACUCCAUCAAAACCCCCAAAAGCACCAAACCCCAAAGUUCUUCCUUGAAUGAUGAUAAAUUAGCUGUAAUUCGUGCUACGUUAUUCUCAAAGCCCACUAAAGAGUUUAUAACUCAGCAAAAUUCAGAUUCUGACGACGAUUUUGCAACAACGAAGAUCAACAAAAGUGUCUUCACCGGAUAUCGAAUAAAUGAGGAAUCAUCAAGAGUCUCUGAUCAAGUCCCCAAAACUAACAGUAAAAUCUCAUUAAAAAUUACAAGUACAAGUAACAAGAGAGCAAGUGAUACCUCGACUGCAAAUAACUUUGCCCUUCCUAAGGCAAUACCACCAAGAACCCGACCAAAAGUGUCAAUUAAACCAAGUGGUUCCUCAAAGGGAAGAACGAGAACAAUGGGAAGCAGAAGGGAUCGGGGCAGAAAUAAUUUUAUUGAUGACGAAGCUGAAGAAUCUGAUGAUUGUCAGGAAAUAACUGAUUCCUCUGAGGAAGAUGAUGGUGAGGAUCUCAAGGAUUUUGUCAGUCACACUCAGGUACACGAUGAUUCAGUAGACAUGAAGGCCUACUAUCUCCAAAGCACAAGAAGUCCGAAGAAGAAGUGUGGAUUUCACCUGAAAAAGCCGAAGACUCCACCACCAGAUCUUGAGAUUUUUUCCCAAACUAUUGAACCCGACACCUACAUGUACGAUUCUUUCUGCGUGAGUGCUAGUCAAGAAGAGGAGGAAGUAUUCAGUGAUGGCUCAGAUGACGAGAUAACAAUUCUUGAAGACAUUGAUCAUAAGUCCAACAACAAAAGAAAAAGAGAAAAUUCUGUUGAUCCUGUGGGGAAACGACGAAGAAUCCUCAGGACAGAGAGCCUCAGUAGUGAUGACGAGACUGAAAAUUUGAGGGCGGCCAUUUUGGAAGAGUCUAUGAUGCUGAAAAAAUGAUAGUGACGUUCUCCGGUGCUAUUAAUAUUUAAGGAAUUGCUUAAGUCUACUUAAAAUUUGGUGACUGGUAUCAUUGAAUUAAGGCUGUAAACCACGAAAUGUAAAGUUUUACCUGACAAAUGUAGUGCCACAAAAAAAAAACGAGCAUUUGAGGUACUCAAUCAAAUAUUCAGUUAGUUCAAAGAUGAAUAGAUCUAACAAAAGGUGAGGAUAGAUUGUUUAUUUUUUGGUUACCAAAGGACUUUCAUGAUGUUCAUUGUUUUUGAUUUUUUUUCGAUAUUAUGAAAUGUAUUAUAGUUUAGCCAUUAAGCGUUACAAGUCCAUUAUACAACUUCUUAUGAACGAAGUGAGUGUAUAUAGUGAAUGUGAGUGUGAAUAUGUAUACAUUCCAUGAAGAAAUAUACUAUUUUCAAUUUCAA